AUGGCCGCGAAAACAAACCUUCAAUUAAUUCAGGAAUGUGACAACUUCCCAUACUAUGAAGAUAACUCAGAGUUCUAUGAGCGUUAUCUCAGCAAUUACCAUGCCUUCAAAGUGAACGGCUGCAACGCCGUUCUGGGGUACAUCCCCAACAGCGUUGUCGAAAAAUUCCACUGGAUAGAGAAUGACUGGAAAGUUGACGGAGAGACUCGCACCGUCACUCUAAUGGCAGCACCAGACGCUGAACCCUUGGUGCGUAAUGAGAUUAUGUCCCGCCUCCUCGCCGAGGCUGUGCGCCGAGACACUUUUGAAGUCUUAAGAGGCUGGCGUGCUGAGAUGUAUCCCAUCUACGCCCCCGGAGGGAAAUUUCUAAUGGAAAUGGAACGAUGCGCCAGUCCAUUGUUCGGCAUAGUCACCUACGGCGUACACAUGACGGGCUACGUCGAGGAUGAAAAGGAAGGCUUGAAGGUAUGGGUUGCGCGACGAUCGAAAACGAAACAGACUUUUCCGAAUAUGCUGGAUAACACUGCUGCGGGGGGGAUGAGUACCGGUGAGCAUCCAUAUGGAUGCGCUAUCCGUGAAGCGGCUGAAGAAGCUUCUAUACCAGCGGAAGUCUUUGGAGAGCGCGCACGGUCAGUGGGUGUAUUGACAUAUAUCUACGUUCGGGAUGAGCGCGCGGGCGGCGAGACAGGAUUAUUACAGCCGGAGAUUGAGUUCAUCUACGAUAUCAGACUGGAUGCCGAACAUGCAAUCAAACCCUGCGAUACCGAGGUUGAGGAUUUCCGUCUUUGGACCGUCGAUGAAGUGAGGCAGUCACUGAAGGAAGGCGAAUGGAAACCUAAUUGUGCAGUUGCCAUUAUCGACUUUUUGAUGAGGCAUGGUGUUUUGACACCGGAGAAUGAGCCGGAUUAUUUGGAGAUUAUGGCCAGGAUGCAUCGUCGUUUGCCGUUUCCUACGGUGAAAUUCGAUUUGAAAUAG